AUGGCCGCAUCGGCCUCGAAAGUGGCCGCCCAAACCAUUAUGCCUUCAAAUGGCACUCAAGAUCUCUAUCCCGCCUCCACCUCCCCUCGGUUUAUCAUGAAUGGCACAGAAUUUCCCGAUCUUCCCGCCGUUCAGUUAGCGCCUUUGGGCCAAUAUGCGGAGAUCUCGCACAGCAGUUUCCUCCAAGUCAAUGUGGCUGGUCAUCUGGUUAAUGUCGAUGCUAGCAAUGCCAAUGACAUUGUCGACGCGAAUCAGUUUUCCUACCUUUCCUGUGAUCCUGACAAAUAUACCGGCAAUCUUGACGCCAGCGAGGUGUUCCAGAUCGUCGUCAAUUCCCCUCGGACCAACGUCGUCAUUCUUUACAGCGAGACUAGUGACCAUUGCACGGCCACGGGCCUCAGCAACCUCCCCACCGUUGGGGGCAUCUUAACCACCACCGACGCCAUGUUAGCAUCCAGCCUGGCUGAUUUGAACCUCAACCAGGAAAGCCCUGGAACGGCCACCAUUCUUCCCGAUCUGAACACUUACACGAAUGCUUCCGAUAGUCAAUUCAACGGUAAUGGUUCCCUGGGCCAGUCUCCAACGACGGCCGUGGCCAUGAUUAUUUUAUAUUCCAUCACUGGAAUCAUCACGGCUUUGUUCGUGGUCAUCAUUGUCACCGGAGCCAUCCGAGCACAUAGGCAUCCAGAACGAUAUGGACCUCGAAACAUCGUGGGCCGAGGCCGACAAAGUCGAGCAAGAGGUAUCGCACGUGCCAUGCUGGAGACGCUUCCCAUUGUCAAAUUUGGAGACCAUGAGGAUCUUCCGAAGAAACCAACCGAGGGCACGGAUAUUGAGAUGAAUGCUGAAAAUGUUCAGACUGCUGCCCCCAAUCCAAGCUCCACCAACGAGACGGUGGCCACAGGAAAUGCGACAACAUCGGAUUCCGGCUCCGACCGAGCACCCGCUGCGAUUGCCACCAAUAAUGCCGAUGGCACUGAUGCAGAAGGUCACCUGGGCUGCUCCAUAUGUACUGAGGACUUCAACAAGGGCGAGGAAGUUCGGGUGUUACCUUGCAACCACAAGUUCCAUCCCGACUGCAUUGACCCGUGGUUAUUGAAUGUCAGUGGCACGUGUCCGUUGUGCCGAAUCGAUUUGAGACCUCAAGAAGGCGAAAACGAGGGAACUGAACGUAGGGACUCUAGUGCUACUCUUCCCGUUGGUCAAGAAGGCCAAAUACCACCUCCGUUACCGGUGGCUAUUACUAGUGAAGGGAGUCCCCAUCGUGGUGGACGAAGGGAAACCGUCGCUCACCUUCGUCACCUUGCCUCGGGGUCUCGAGAAGAACGUAUUGCAGCGUUGAGACGACUCAGACAGGAGACACUUGGGUCCAGAUUACACCAUCCCACAGAGGAUGAAAGAUCUGGUCUCGCACGACGAUUCCGAGAACGAUUCAGAAUUCGAACAGAGCGGAGAGAUACAGCCGCUGAGUAA